AUGUAUCGGUUAGCAACUACUUUCAAGACUGUGGAACAUCAUAGGUGUAUAAAUGUUUAAAUAAAUUAUUAUAACGUGGCAAUCAGUAUCUCCUAUAAAUUGUUUCUCUAUUCCCUUCAAUUCUUCUUCUUUUCUUUCUCUUUAAUAAUAUAUUGGCUAAUAUAGUGGAAGAUUAUUUCAUGUAAAUUGUUUCGAAGUUUUACGAAAUAUUUGUCUUAAAAGGUUCGAAGUCCUGCACCCUUCCUUUUCAGUUUUAGUAUUUAAUUUUCAUUCGAUAUAGAAUAAUAAAUUUAAUAAUUAAAUCUAAUAUUAUAGUUAAGUGUAAAAUUCGAAAAUUUUUCCUUCAUAAAUAUAAUAAUAAAUUUUAUAAAUGAUGAUAAUUAUCGUGAUUAUUUUUAGUCUAAUACUUGAGUAUUUUAUAAAAAUAUUUGGAAGUUAUGAUUCGUUAUAUUUGAAUCGUUUUAUAGUAAAAAAUAUACAUAAUAUCUGUGUUAUUUUAUUAUAACUAAUUUUAUCAUAACAUUACGUUCAUUUAUAAAAUUCGUUACAUAUUAUCCAUUAUAUCAUUGACAUUAUGUAAAUUAAUUGAAGUAUGUGAAAUGUAAAAAUUUCACGUGAUUAAUAUGUUUUACAUCAGCACAUUGAAAAUAUCGACACACAUUGAUGAUGUGUUAUAUACAGAAAUGUUUAUCAAUAAAUAAUAUAACAUUUUACAUCAUAGAUAAGAAGUAAUACAAAUAAAGCACAAUUAUUAACGAUAAAAAAAAUUAAAUUCGCGUUAGUGAAUGAUUCAUUGGAACGACAGCUCUCUUCGCUGAUAUAGCAGAAAAUUUGUUUGUCUGCUGAUUUUAUUCAUUCAGAAGAGUAUAAACAUCCGUGUCUUAUUCGAGGUCGAUAUUUAGUUUGACAAAACAUUAAGUUCUAUUUGUGUUUCACAAAUUCUUACUGUCACAAAUUUUCACUCCAAAUUUUCAAAUGUUCGAGAUCUAUUAUAAUUAUACUUUGCUCGGUUGACACGGAGGCAGCACUUACCGUUUCAAUUGCAUAAAACAUAAACAUCUCGUAGAUAAUAUUACAUUUUUUUGAACUGUUUGCACAUUGACUUACAAUUAGUGAAUGCUAUUAUUGGCUAAUUAGGAUAAAUCGGGCACAGAGUUAUAUGAAUAGACAUUGCAUACAAUGUAUUUUUUCGGCUACGAUUUAUGAAUACCUUAUGCUCGAUUACCAUUUUCGUGUCACAUCCUGUCGUACCGAUUCAGGCAGAUAUUGCACUGCAGCACUACUAGUGGUGAGAAUCAAAAUCAAAAAAUAUGGAUAGGGUUGCCAGAAUUAUUUCGAGAAUUAUUCAUUGAACGGUGGUACUUCAUCAAUGAAGGAAUAUAACGAUUUAAAAAAGAAAUUUGCAAAAUAUGGGAUGAAGAAUUUAUAUUUGACUAUUAAUAUCUAUUUAAAAAUAUUAGAAAAAAAUUGAUUGAAACGUGAUAUUUUUAUGAAAAAUAUAAUUAGAUAUGACGUUCGAGCAUUUAGAAGCAAGUAGCCUAGCGCUAUCCCCGACAGAGUGGAGUUCCGAAGAACCGCUAAGUCGAAUUACCAAGGAUGCUAAAAUACAAGAACCCCACCUCGACAUUUCGGACAAGGUUGCAGUUUCUCGAUUUGACACACUGACUGCGAAACUUGGAAACUCGACUCUAGUGCAAUGA